AUGGAAAGUGCCAAUGGCACAGCAGUGACUGAGUUUGUUCUGCUGGGGUUCUCAGGUUUUCGCUCCCUCCAACGACCUCUGUUUUGGGGGGUGCUCUGCAUCUACUUGGUCACCUUGCUGGGAAACUCCCUGAUCAUCGUCCUCACAAUGGCUGACUCUGCCCUCCACUCCCCCAUGUACUUCUUCCUUCGCCACUUCUCCCUGGUGGAGAUCCUCUACACCACCACCAUCGUGCCCAGGAUGCUGGCUGACCUCCUGUCCACACACCCCACCAUCCCACUAGCCAGCUGCUUCACCCAGCUGUAUUUCUUGUCCUUCUUUGGAGUCACUGAAUGCUGUCUGCUCACUGCCAUGGCCUAUGACCGCUAUGCUGCCAUCUGCCGGCCACUGCACUACACCACCCUGAUGAACAAUGGAGCAUGCAAUGGCAUGGUGGGGGCCUCCUAUCUCAUGGGUGUUAUCACUGGCACCACUCACUCCAUCUGCAUCUUCACGUUGUCCUUCUAUGGUGCCAACAAGAUCCACCACUACAUGUGUGACAUCAUGCCUGUGCUGAGACUGGCUACUGAGAGCACCUUCAGGGGUGAGGUUGGGAACCUUACUGUCACAAUAUCAUUUGUCCUGACCCCAUUUUUGUUAAUCAUGUUCUCCUAUGCCUGUAUUCUCGCCACCAUCCUUGGGGUUUCAACAUCCUUGGGACGUCGAAAGCUGUUCUCCACCUGCUCUUCCCAUCUUUUUGUGGUUAUUCUCUUUUUUGGGACUGCUACUGUGGCUUAUCUGAGGCCUGAUGCAGGCUCAUCUCCUGACACAGACCAGAUUAUUGGCAUUUUCUACACAGUUGUCACCCCUAUGUUCAACCCUUUUGUUUAUACUUUGCGGAACAAGGAGGUUACAGGGGCUAUGAAGCGACUCAUGAAUAGCUACCUCUGGAGCCUUUAA